AAUAGCUCGACAUUCAGAAUCCGAGUAUCAGCCGUGGUACUCGCAACUCCGGCUGUGUGCGCUAUAAAUUCUAAAAAUUGCGACGCGUCAACGAUAAAAGUAUUCAAAUUCAAAAAUCAAGCUAAAAUAAAAUUUUCUCUAAAAAUUCCAACACCACGAAAUUUGUACCUGACCAAAUAACCGUAAUUUGGAAAAUAUUCACAGAGUGGUCUGUUGAAUCUGACUGAGUGUGUGUAUGUGUGUGCGUGUGUGUCGACGACUGCAAUCGGAUUACAUACAUUAGUGUACAUCGCCGCACUUGCGCUGCAACCAGGAUGUCCAGCAUUCGCCAAUUCACUUUUGCCUGCGGAUUAGUUGUGCUGCUUUUAGCUGUUUGUCAACCAAAGGCCGCACAUGCGCAGUUUUUCUAUCCACAACAGCAGUUCUAUCAGCAACCGCGACGCGUUAGUCGACAAGGAUCCGUUUCUCGUGCAAACAGCAAUGCCUUUGAACGACAAAUCGAUUAUGGUCCAUUCGGCCUAAACGAAGGUGUGUCUAAUUCACGCGCCGUCACGCGUCAAAAUGGCGGCCAACGUAACGGUGGCACCACAAGCGUGGCGAAAAGUAAUGCCAUCUCCCGCGAACUGAAUCUGGGUCCACUGGAUAUCGGCAGCACACUUACACGCACCAAUACACGUACAAACGGCGCCGUGUCGCGCGGUAUAGCACAAGAGUUUAAUAUUGAUAACCUUGGUUUUGGUGGUUCCUUAUCACGGGAUAAUCUACGCCGAGGAUUUGGUUUAGCGCGCGAUCCCAAUGGCGGCACUGAUCUAAAUUUGGGUUUACUUAGCUUGAAUGUAGAUCCGAAUUACCAGAAAAAUAAUGGUCAAGCUUUAACGCAGGCGCAAGUGAAUGCACAAGGUCGUGGUGCACGUGCACGCGCCAACAGUAACUCAAAUACGCAAACGCAACAGUUCGGUGGCUUGCAAGUUACCGAUACGCGCUCGCGUUCGAAUGCUUUUGGACGUGUACGUAAUGGACAGACUUCAGCCAAUACCGCUGGAUUUUCUGGUGACGCUAACACAAACGCCAACUCUUUCGGUCUACCUUUCUUCCGUCGCAGACGUGGCGUUCGUUACGUGCAACCCAGUAUUCCUCAGUUACUACUCACACGUUCCAAGCGUUACGCGCGCCGUUCACACCAUCGGCAACCCGAUGGUUUCAUAUUCCCCAGCGAAAAUAAUGCACAAUCGCAGGGCACUGCUGAAAACAAAGGAGCUCUAUUCAACCAACAAGCCGGCUCUAACUCGCAUUCCAACAAUCGUGUUACGGAAGGUGGCAUCUCACAAGAUAAUGGUGCUUCCAGCAUUGGCUCGAAUGUGGCCAAUGAUGGGUCGAGCGGUCAAGUGAGUUCGGCGAAUGUGAAUAAUAUGAAUCAACAAACUAAAGAUGGCAGUUCCAGCUCGAAUGAUGCACAGAGUCAAGCACUCAAUUUUCAAAAAAAUCAACAGCAGGCCUCCUCGGCCAAUGCGGGCACAACGCACACUCGUAACAAGAAUGGCGAAGACAUUAGCUCGCAUGGCAACUCGCAGUCGACUAAUAACAAUCCAUUUGGCACAUCGAGUAAUACGGCCAAUACGAAAACGAAUGUAGUGCGUGAUGGUAACUCGGAACGCGUCACAGCGGAUUCCAGCAGUCAGUCCAUAUUCCAGGGCGCAAAUGGUCAAAAUGCCGGCGCAACUACAAACUCAAAUGUUAAUUCACAAAGAGGUCCAGGUUUUGUGAGCAACUCUGCGUCCAGCAGUGCAACGGCCAACAGUCAAGGCGGUGGCGAUGCCAAUGCAUCGGCAUCAGCUUCGUCCUCUUCAUCGGCAGGUGGUCCUGGCGGCAGUAAUGCGUUUACCAACGCAAAUGCUAAUGCUGGUGGUGGUGGCUUCAAUGGUUUUAACAAUGGCUUUGGUGGCAACGGUUUUAAUAACGGUUUCGGUAAUAACGGCUUCGGUAAUUUCGGUGGUGCGCAAGCCAAUAGUGGUGCACGCGGAGGUUGGGGUGGCGGUUGGUAUUGAAGGGAGUAAUGAAGGAUAAAUCUAUACGAAUUUCACUUUUGAGGAAAUUUUACUGGAAUAUAAAUAAACUAC